AUUAACGCGAAAACGUGCGCCCCGUCAGUUCGUCAUUUACGUUUUGCUAAUGCCUACCUUUUGACAGCAGAGAGCUACACGCGAGUCGGGAACUACUGCUCUUCAGUCAUUCGAAGCAGAAAGAGAGAAGUAUAGAAUUUCGAAUUCUGGCGAGAGAGCUCAUCGGAAGAUGCACGACCCAGAAGAGAUUCGCAAACUUCCGAUUGAUAUAGCUUUCGCUCGUCUCGCAGAAUGGUUGGUCGAUCGGAAGAAAAUUCCAGCUGAUUAUCGAAAACGACUGGCAGCAGUAAGGGCUCGGAUUUCAUCGGCUUUCUCGGCUCUACCGAAGAAUAUUGAUCCCUAUUUUCAGACCCUAGAUCAAGAAGCCAUCGGAUACACAGAAGCAAAGAAAAUAUAUGACAUUCUUCUGAGAUCAGCUCCAGAAAGCCGGAACAUUUUUGGCCGGUUAUCAGGUUCUGCUGGUGAAUGGGAGGCCAUUGUGCGAGCUUUUGAAAAGGAUCGCAUUUUUCUUGGUGAGGCUGCUCACAUAAUGGUCCAAAAUGUGAACUAUGAAAUUCCAUAUCAGAAAAAGCAGGUGCAGAAGAUUCAGCAACAACUAACAGAAUUAGAGCGCAAGGAGGUUGAUAUUAAAAGAAAUGCAGCCCUAUCAGCAGCUAAAUAUGUAGAAGCUUGUCAAGAGCUUGGGCUGCAGGGGAAAAAUGUUAGGUUGGAACUUCUAGAGACUGCAAUGUCACUUCCAGGCACCUUCAGCGAGAUUCUUGAAGUCAUAAAUGGAGAUUCAAUAUCGCGAGCAAUGGACUACUAUUCAAAUUUUGUUAGAGAUGCUCAUACAGAAAAGGAGAACUCUUCAGGGAAUGUGCUGCCAAAUUUAAGGGACAUUCGUGAAAAUCCCCCUUCUCUGAAUAUUUCUGUGGUCCCUGAGGACCUUGAUUCUGUAACAGAUCUUUCAAAGGUCAAUGCAGAUUCUCUUAUGACAGGGAAUCUUGCAACUGAUGCCAUUGACUGGAAUAUUUCUCUGGAAAGCUCUCAGAUUGAUUGGGACAUUGGGGUUGUGGAAGAAACGAAUGAUACUGCAAAUGGACUAGGCCCUUAUGAAAUGGUAAAUAUCAGUGAUGCCAUACAGGAUUCAUCAACAAACAAUGGCAUGAGUUCUGAUCAGACUCCUGUAAGUAAAGUGGAAGAAGGCAUUGCCCCAGAGUUUCACACAUCUGAGAUAUCUUGGGAUAUUAGUGUUGAAAAUCCUGAAGUUGAAGUUCUUGAAGAUGUAGAUAGACAGGACCCGGUUCUGGAAUCACAGACAUCAGUUCUGAAUAUGUCAGCUCAAACUCAGGAAACAAGAGAACAGAGAAGUCAACUUCUGGAGACAGAGUACAGAAAUAAGAUUCUUGAUGAUCUAUUUGAGAUCAAAGCAUUUCUAAAUCAACGGUUAAUGGAGUUGAGAAGUGAAGAGACUGCAUCUUUACAGCAUCAAGUUCAGGCAGUUGCUCCAUUUGUUCUGCAGCAAUACACUGCUGAUGCCAUUGAGAAAAUGUUGGCCGACGUUUCCUUGUCAAUUUCUAUGCUUACAAACAGGAAAACAAGGGACUUAAUCAUGAUUCUGAACUCCAGAAGGUUUUUAGAAAGACUUGUGAGCACAUUGGAGGAAAAGAAGCAUCAUGAAGUGAAGUUGAAAGAGAGCUUGAAGGAUUUGUCAGCAAAACGCAUGGAGCUGCACAAUGCACUAUCUUCAUCCUGGCCAAAGCAAGAAGCAGCACUUGCACAAACCAGGGAGCUGAAGAAGCUGUGUGAGAGUACACUUUCAUCGAUGUUUGAUGGAAGGUCUGUCAACAUUAUUGGAGAAAUCAACACUUUAUUAAGUAGUAGUAUCGGUACAUAGAGUAAAAAAUUUUGCUUACAAAAACUAAUCAUUAGUUAGAAAUCAUGAAACUGACAACUUUCCAUCAGUUAAAUUGCAUAUUUAAAUUCCUUAGAAAAUUUUGAUUGUCGCGGCUUUUAAAUGGUUCAUAAGGGAAUAUUAUAAAUGUCUUAGUUCUCAUAAUAAAGUGCUAUUUCAAUACUUC